UUAAAUGUUGGGAAGUAGUUAACAUAAAGUAUGUUGAAGGCACAGAAAGGGGUCUAUGCACUGAGACCCAGCACCUCAUUGGUAAACUCUGGCCUGCACAGAGUGAGGAAGAGCAGAGUAACAAGUCUCAUUACACACCAGCUAAGGUUGGAUAACAAAAAUGUUUAGUGCAGCCAGUCAGUUUGGUCCCAAAGAGCAGUAUGGGACUGGAGGAAAGGAAAGAGAUCACCCUAACCAACCUGGAGGUUUUGUUCUGUGGGUCUGGCAGGCAGUCAAGAGAUGGGAAAGAAAUCUGUGUAUGAAAAGAAGGACAUUCAUGAACCUGCUGUUGGCAAGCUGACAUAGCCUGGACAUGUACUCUUUUCUCUUCCAAGGACAAGUUUAUAGAAAGAACAAAUAAUAGAUAAACUAACAGAGAUGCCAGAAUGGGACAAGGGAGGCCCCUAGGGUACAAAAUUUAAGGAGGCACUCGCUCAGGGUCAUGAAGGUUCAUGGAUGAGGCUUGCGCAAACCUAGGCGUGAGUGUCUCCUGACAUCGUGUGCUCUGGGGGCAUCAAUUGCCUCACCUUCGUGCUGGUUCACGAGUUUACACUACAUCAGAAACAACUGUUUAUUCUUUUCCCAGAUGAUACGGCUAUGUUUUGGGAAUAGCAAAUCUUAGUGAAAAAUAGUAAUGAGAAAGCAGUAAAAAAAAAACAAUUUGGACACUAAUGGCCCAUUUUGUGAUGACAAAUUGGCAACCAUUUGCUCCAAUGAAUCAAUUUUUAUUUGCAUUUAUACAUUUUCGAUUACACUUCGAUUACACUUCCAAACUCUGUGAUACGAUUUCACUUUCUUGGUUUAUAUAUUUAUUCAUUCAAAGGUAUUUAUUGAGUUCCUACCUCAUGUGUCAUUGUGCUAGGCAAUUGAUUAUAUAUUGGUGAAUAAAACAGAAAAGGUGACUGCCCUUUUGGAGUUGAUAAGUGAGACAGAAAGAGACACUUAAUAUGUACAUAAGAAAAUUAAUAAGUACUUUUCACUGUGGCAAGGACAAUAACAGAAACAAACACGAUGCAGGAAUGUCGACUAUUACUGGUUCAUGUUCGAGAACACAGUCAAGGAUCACCUCCAAGACCUUUGGCGAUGCAGCGUGGUUGAGGAGGAUUCCUGCCAGAAGUCCUAAGACAUUUGAGAAACUAUUAUCCAACCUAUGCCUGUGGACAUCUGAUAGAAAGACAUGCUGGAAUCAUCCGUAUUUUGCAGAGAAGGGACCAUCCCUGUCAGGCACAACGGCUUAUCUAAGGUCCAAACCAGAAGUUGGCUGAAACCACCCCCGCGAUGCCUCAGGAUGUUUCGAGGGAGACGCCAUAAGAACGCUCCAGAGGACAUGGUGCAGGAGCUGAAUGUCGACAUCCGCUGCUCUCCUUCCCCGAAGAACAAGAAGCCACACAGGGCCAACAGAGUCUGGCGCUGGCUCAGGGGGGAAAAUGGCUCAACGAGGAAGAGGAAUAAGACCUCGAUAGUAUGGAACACUCGUGCCAGUUCAUUGGGGGCCGGAAUAGAUUAUCUGAUGACUGCCGUCCUAAAACAAGAUCUAAACUAUGUUCACACGUUUCUGGAAAUAUACCGCAGCUUUGCUACCACCCAGGAGGUGCUGGGCCUCCUCUUUGCAAGAUUCGGAUGUGUUUCUUCCAGCUAUGAUGAGGUCGGCGGACCCCAGGACCAGCGCAACAUGGCCGUCUAUGCCAUCCUGGAUAUGUGGGUGGAAAGGUAUCCAGGGGAUUUUGUGCAGCCUCCAGAGUUUCCCAACUUGCAUGCUGUACUGGCCUACCUGCAGGUCAAUGUGCCGGGCUCGGACCUGCAGCGCCGUGCCCAGCUUCUGCUGCCAGAAAGGCAGCGCGCUGAGACCACAGAGCCAGAGGCUGGGGCUACAUCACCGGCCCCAGAGCCAGAUCAGGAUGUGUCUCGGGAAGUUGUUCCAGCAGCCACUCUGGCACCCGCUGCACCUCUGGAGCCUGAGCUGGCCCCCGCCAUCCCUGCUGCGGCAGCUCACUAUGGAUUGGGAAGACCAGUGACCCCCCCUGACCCGUUGGGGCCAGGGCAGAUGGUCGUCAGGGCCCUCGUUCACUUCUCUGCCACGGAAGAGCCACCAGGCCUUUUGACUUUCCUGGAUGACCAGCAGGGUCCUGCCCACGAGCUGCCGCCCCCUGCCUCCGUGGAGCAAGCGGGCUCGGUCCCCGAGCUGCCGCCCCCUGCCUCCGUGGAGCAAGCGGGCUCCGCUCCUGAGCAGCACCUCGUGCUUGCUACAACCAGAAAGCAUGUCUUUCCCAUCGCCCUCGUUGCUUUAUUUGUAUUUCUUCUGUUUUGUGUAUAUGUAUAUAAUUACAUACUAGAUUUAAUUAAAUAAAGUAGAAUUUGAGUUUACAUAA